CAAUCUGCCUCAUUCAGUCGCCUCAAUCGGCCCCACAGUUUCACUUCCAAACCGGUGCUUCGUAUGGAAUUGUGCGGUUAUUGUGGUCGGCGUAUCACUUUCGGAAGGUCCGCACUGAGAUGUGUUGUCUGUCGAUUAGUUGUCCAUCCCGACUGCAAAUCACAGUUAAUACAAACGUGCAUCCCUCCGAAUACACCACGAACUCCUUUGUCCUCAUUUAAUGGACGUACCCCGGCAACCUCACCCAAGCGCGCUGCAAACAUGCCUGUAACGCCAUACUCGCGUGGUAAUCCCCCGACUCCUUCUAGCCCAACUUUGACACAUCGGUUUGGAGCACGAAACCUGAAUCUAGCUGAGUUGUGUCCAAAGGAUCAAUACCCUCGGAUACCAGCUCUGGUGAUUCGCUGUGUCACUGAAGUACUUGCUCGCGGCAUGCAUACCGUCGGUCUCUACCGUGUAUCCGGUUCGGAAAAACAAGUUCGG